CUUCUUCCAGUCAACUUGGUCCAACUCACCAGUGCUCAGAGCCAUCAUGGAUUGUAUCAUUGCUAUCUCCGGCAAGGACUUUGUUGUGGCUGCUGCCGACGCGAUGGCCGCCCGCUCGAUCGUUGUCAUGAAAUCUGACCACGAGAAGAUGGUUCAGAUGAGCCCUCAUUUGCUCCAAGUUUGCAACGGCCCGUCUGGCGAUGUCGUUCAGUUCUCAGAGUUUAUUCAAAAGAACAUCAAGUUGUAUCAAAUGCGAAAUGGUUUUGCGCUGAGCCCCCACGCCGCUGCACACUACACACGAGACCAGCUUGCUCGUGCCCUGCGUAGCUCGGGUGCCUACCAAGUUAACCUUCUGCUCGCAGGCUAUGACACUAUCAACAAGCAGGCCGAGCUGUACUUUAUGGACUACUUGGCAGCACUUGUCAAGGUUCCGUUUGGCGCACAUGGCUACGCAUCUCACUUUGUGCUCAGUUUGUUGGAUCGAUACUAUACUCCCGAGGUCACUCUGGACGAAGCGCUUCGGCUGAUGAAGAUGUGCAUUGCAGAGGUUCAAAAGCGCCUCGUUAUCAACUUGCCAAAGUUCACUGUCCGAGUGGUCGAUGCACAAGGCACGCGCGACGUGACCUUGGACGACGUCCAGGAAUAACCGUGAUUGCAUUUUUCUUUUUCAUUCAUUGGUGUUUUUUUUUUUUUUUUCCUUCUCCCAUAGUUUGUCUGUGUGUGUGCGUGUGUGUGGAACUUUUUGUCCCUUUGCCCUAUCAAUACAUGUUGACUUUGUACAUUCGCCU